GUUUAAUUUGUGUGUCAACAUAAUUUUCACAUCAGUCGAGAACAUGCCAGUAGCGGAAGCCCUGGCUAGUGGCCAUUCUUUAGUACUCAGCCUCGCCAUCCUCGCCAACCUUCUUCGUUGCUUGGCUGAAACGACCCUCAAUAAGAUUGACCCGCACCAAAAUGGACCCUUAUGUGUGUUCCAACUCUGGUUGCAGGUUUAUUUCUCCGCGCUUCGGCUAGAAGUCUCUAACCUCCAGUCUACUGUAGCGCUCAACCUUCAAUUGGCCUCUCGACCAGUGCCCCCUCACCGAGCCAAAGAAGUCUUCAAACACCUAUUCGGCCUGGAUGUCAUUUCUGAUGAUGAAUUUUUGAUAUGUCGUCGUUAAGAAUAUCCUUGCUCUACCAGGCUUCCCACAUCGACUUGGAGUGACAGUGAGGAUGCCGUUUUUCGUCAAAACUGGGGGUCGUUCGUGUUAACUCGCGACCUUCCCUUUGGUUGUGAUGCUCAUCGGGGCGAGUUGGGAAGUCUAUCACCCCCACUUUGUCGUCCUGCAGCUCGGUUACCUCCAAGGUUGCCCAUUGCCUUUACUUUCUUCUCACUCCUUUCUGACCUUAGGGCGCGUCUUUGGUUUUUUAGAAAGGGAGUGUAGAGACGUCGAGAAAGAAUUUCAGGAACGAUGUAGGAAAUUUCGUCUUCGACCAAAUUCUCCUGAAUCUCUUGGCACUGAUAUCUUCGACGACUGGUGGGAGGAAUAUACACACUACUUUUUUGGCACUUCGGUCGAGGAAGUAGUCAACAAAAUUUUUGGUGACCGACCCAAGAAACUCUCCGCCUCUCAAUCUAAAGAGGCACCCCAAGGUGGUCGGGUACUAAAACAGACGGAUGUGGUCGCCCCAAUAGUGGUCAAGAAAAAGUUGGCCUUUUCCUUCAAGAUGACCACCGCAAAAAUCUUACCGAGCAAACGACUUCACUCGAUUACCAAGACGACAGGCGAAACUCCCCGUCCCCCAAAAUGCGUCAAGAAAUUGGCGAAGAAGGAGCUCGGGAGAUUCAUGUCAUCUCCAUCCAUACCACUGGGACGACAUCCCCAAGUGCCUCUCCUCCCGCUCUUGUUGCUCAGACUUCGACGGAUAAUCAGCCUUCUCCGGCCGGCCUGGCAUCCCAAGCUCAACCAACACCUGAGGUCCCCGGGGUAGUGGUUGAGCUAGUUGCUGCACCCUCGGUUGACUUACAUGCAGCUCUAGGGUUAAUAGGAGUACCUGUUCUGGGGGAAACGACUCAUUCCAUUAUAAAUGAUCUCUCCAGGAAUCCGAAGCAUUCGGUGGUCAUCUUAGAAGAAGUAUGAUUACGCUGUUAACUCCCUUUGCUUAUUAAGUAUCAAACAAUUAUUAACACUUUUGUUUAAGGAUGAUGGGAGCGACGAGACUCCGUUGGUGAAUCACUCUCGACCAAUCCUGGCUUCUUCCGUUGAUCCUCCCCUAGUGGUUGAGGUGGCCGAUCAGGUUGAUCCUCCGACGGUCGAUCGCGGAAAGAAACCUAUGGUCAAGCCUGAAGUGACUUCAGAAACUCCACUUCACCCUCAGGAUGAAGACCUCGGCAUCCCUCCUCAAGAAGUGACCUCGACUUUUGUAAGGCUCGAUUACUUUCUAUUGUCAAUUUGUUAUAACAUGUCUAAACCGAGAAAAUAUUAAAUGUCAGGUGCCCACCCAUUAUUUUCAUCGAAAAUUCUACGCGCCGAA